GCGACCGCGCUUGCCUUCUUCUUCGUUGUUUCUCGUUAACUUCGCCUUCCAGCUCCGGCGCUCGUCUUCCAACAACGGGCCCAGUUCCCUCUCUCUUUCUCUCUCUUUCCCCCUGUCUCUCUCUUUCUCUACAGCAGUAGUAAUGUCGGAGUACAGCGCGGUGCCGCCGCCUCCCGGGGCUGGAGCAGCGGGGAUAAAGAAGGACGCGUUCGCCGACGCGGUGCAGCGCGCGCGGCAGAUUGCAGCGAAAAUCGGUGGAGACGUUGGAGUCGGUCCUGUGAGCAAUAACGGUGGCGUAUCCGCCGAGGGAUAUCCUUUCUCAGCACAGAAACGAUCGCUGGAGGACGGAGAUCAGCCGGACAGCAAGAGGAUGGCUCCUCAGAGCGACAGGGACAACGCUACAGCGCUCUCUAUCAGCGCUCAGCUGGCUGCUCUCUCUCAGCAGAGUGGACGUCCUUCUGCUUUAACAGAGGAGUACAGAGUUCCUGAUGGCAUGGUGGGCCUCAUCAUCGGUCGAGGAGGAGAGCAGAUCAAUAAGAUCCAGCAGGAGUCGGGGUGUAAGGUCCAGAUCGCUCCAGACAGUGGAGGUUUACCUGACAGAAGCGUCUCUCUUACUGGGUCUCACGAGUCCAUCCAGAAAGCCAAGAUGCUAUUGGACGACAUCGUGUCGCGGGGACGGGGCACACCCCCCAGCUCCUUCCACGAGUCGAACGGGAGCGGUCACACGCAGGAGAUCAUCAUCCCCGCGGGGAAAGCCGGCCUCGUCAUCGGGAAAGGAGGCGAGACCAUCAAACAGCUCCAGGAGCGUGCUGGUGUGAAGAUGAUUCUGAUACAGGAUCCGUCUCAGGGACCGAACAUUGACAAACCCCUCCGCAUCAUCGGAGACCCUUACAAAGUUCAGCAAGCGAGGGAGAUGGUGCAGGAGAUUCUCCGUGAGAGGGAUCAGUUUGGGGACAGGAACGAGUACGGCUCCCACAUGGGGGGAGGAGGAGGAGGAGGUGGUGGUGGAGGAGGCGGCGGAGGAGGAGGAGGAAUAGAGGUCCCAGUGCCGCGUCACUCCGUGGGUGUUGUGAUUGGCCGAAGCGGUGAGAUGAUCAAAAAGAUUCAGAACGAUGCAGGAGUCAGGAUACAGUUUAAACCAGAUGACGGGAGCGGACCCGAUAAGGUGGCUCACAUCAUGGGGCCUCCUGACCGCUGCGAGCACGCCGCCGGCAUCAUCAACGAGCUCCUGCAGAGCAUCCGUGUCCGAGAGGAGGGGGGAGGGGGACCUCCUGGUCCUCCUGGCGCAGGUAUGCCUCCAGGUGGUGGGCGUGGCAGGGGGCGUGGUCCCGGUAACUGGGGUCCCCCCGGCGGCGAGAUGACCUUCUCUAUCCCCGCCCACAAGUGCGGCCUGGUGAUCGGCCGAGGAGGCGAGAACGUCAAGUCCAUCAACCAGCAGACGGGCGCGUUCGUGGAGAUCUCUCGCCAGCCGCCGCCCAACGGAGACCCCAACUUCAAACUGUUUACCAUCCGCGGCAACCCGCAGCAGAUCGACCACGCCAAGCAGCUCAUCGAGGACAAGAUCGAGGGUCCUCUGUGUCCUGUAGGUCCCGGGCCUGGUCCCGGGGGUCCCGGUGGUCCCGGUCCAGCCGGCCCGAUGGGUCCCUACAACCCGAAUCCGUAUCAGCCUGGACCUCCGGGAGCUCCUCCACAUGGCGGUCCUCCAGGUGCCCAUCAGUACCCCCCUCAGGGUUGGGGAAAUACCUACCAGCAGUGGCAGCCGCCUGCACCUCAUGACCCCAGUAAAGCCGCAGCAGAUCACAGUGCUGCCUGGGCAGCGUACUAUGCGCAGUACUACCAGCAGCCUGGUGGGGGCGCCAUGCCCGGCCAGGCACCCGCCGCGCAACCUGCUGCCCCAGCACCCGCUGACCAGAACCAAGCAGCCCAGAACACGGGGCAGCCCGACUACACCAAGGCCUGGGAGGAGUACUACAAGAAAAUGGCUCAGGCAGGCGGUGGCGCUGCUCCAGCAGCAGGUGGCGCUCCAGCAGCGACAGGAGCAGCAGGACAAACUGACUACAGCGCCGCCUGGGCGGAGUAUUACAGACAACAGGCUUAUUACAACCAGAACCCACAGAACCCCGGAGCUCCUGCAGCCACGCAGCCGGGCCAACAGGCACAGUAAACCUGGCCACGCCCACUUCCACCCGUCCCUGGCGCUCGUCCUGAAUGAUGAACGGACGCGAACAAACACGACCUUGUAAAUGAUCUGUCUCUCUCUCUCUCUCAUUCUUCCUCUCCUUAGUUUCUCUCUUCACUGAAAUGGACUAAAACCAAGCGUAGCUGACCUUUUUUUUUUUUUUUUUUUUUUUUCCCCCUUUUUCCUCAUCCUCUAAAUGUGAUUAAACUCUGUCACCAGGGAAACGAAAGGGAACGCUUUUGAGUCAUUGCUGGCUAACCCCGCCUCCCUUAAAACGGACUUGUUCUUCCUUUCUCUAGUGUUUUUUUUUUUUUUUUUUUUUUUUUAUAAUUGUAUUACUACAUCUAAAACUGUACAUUUUUUUUCUUCUUUUUUUUUUGGUUUGUUUUUAGACUUUUUAAACAUUUUCUUUUAUAAUCAGUUUAGUCUGGAACAUUCCCAUUUUUUUUUCCCCCCUUCUUUCAUCUAGAGCUCCAAGUGUUCAGUGCUGCCCAAGUGUGUGUGUGUGCGCGCGUGUGUUUGCAUGAUGUCUAAUAUUUCAUCUCAUGCCCCUUCUGUAUGUUCCUCCCAGGUUCAUGAAGCUCUGAUGAUAACGUUAUUGUUAUAUAGAGGUUAUAUAUUGAACGCUUGGUUGUUUUUGUUUUUUACUUUUUACCGCUUGUUUUUAAAACCUUCACAAUAAAAAAAGAAAAAAGAAAAGGAAAAAACGAAAUGCAGAAUGUUUUUGUCUUCGUUCACUUUGCUACCGAGUCUGCAGGGUGUACAAACUUUUGUUUAUAAUCUCAUUAAAUGUGAUCCGGCGUUUCACUCAAGACUGUGUAAGGUAAAAAAAAAUUUUUUUUUUUUCGAACACGUUUCAAUAAAAUCCGAAAGCCUUGA